CGGAGCUGGGCAGAGAAGGUCUCAGUCUGGGGGGGUCCUGACGAGUUUCCAGGUCUCUCCCUCCUGAGCAGCGAUGGGGGCGGGUCGGAUCCUGGGGGCCGGGAGCCGCUGGGCUGGGGCUCUGCUGGUGACACUGACGGUGCUGAGAACCCACCUGGCUCAUUGCACGGAGCCCCCAAGGCGGUUCGUGAUCCAGUUCAAGGCUGAGUGUCAGUUCACCAACGGCACCGAGCGAGUCCGGUUCCUGGGCCACUACAUCUACAACCAGCAGCAGUUCGUGCAGUUCGACAGCAAGGUGGGGGUGUGGGUGGGGGAGACGGAGGUGGGGCGGCGCUGGGCCGAGGGCUGGAACAAGGACCCGGCGAUCCUGGCAGACACGCGGACUGCAGUGGACAAGUGCCGGCACAACUACAGGGUGGACAAACCUUUCACCGUGGACAGGAGAGUUCAGCCCAAGGUGAAAGUUUCCCCCACGAAAUCGGGGUCCCAGCCCCACCCCCACCUGCUGGUUUGCUCGGUGACGGGGUUUUACCCCGGGGGGAUCGAGAUCCAGUGGCUGAAGAACGGGCAGGAGCAGACGGCCGGGGUGGUGUCCACGGAGCUGCUCCAGAACGGAGACUGGACCUUCCAGAUCCUGGUGAUGCUGGAGAUGAGCCCCCGGCGCGGGGACGUCUACACCUGCCAGGUGGAGCACAUCAGCCUGCGGGGGCCCCUCGCCGUGCACUGGGCCUCCCCUCAUCUCCCCCCAGCAUCUCUCACCUUCCGGGUGCUUAAAACCACCGUCUUCCACAACGCCAGCUCCACGGACAUGUGGGGGACGGCCCUGCUGGGCGACCUGGAGACCCACUCCCUGGCCUGCAGCACCUGCGAGAUCCGCUUCCUGCAGCCCUGGGCCCAGCAGGGCCUGACCCCGAAGCAGUGGCAGGACCUGGAGCUGCUGAUCCAUCGCUACCUGGCCGACUUCUUCCGUCUGGUGAACAAAGUGGUUCAGGAUGGAGGAGGGGGCUACCCCUUUGUCACCCAGGUCUCCUUCAGCUGCGAGCUGCAGCCCAACGGCACCUCGAGGCGACUCUGUGACGCUGCGGUGGACGGCCAGGACUUCAUCAGCUUCGACAUGGACACAGGCAAAUGGGUCACUCGGCAGGGGGACAGGCUGGGGAGCUACGUCCAGGAUCUUAUCAGCCGGGAUACGAGCAUGUCCACCCUGUUCCCGUUCCUCCAGAGAACAAUGUGUGUCUAUGGGAUCGAUACCUUUGCCCAGCACGGGAGAGAGUCUCUGGAGAGGCAAGAGCGGCCGGUCGCCGUGGUGUUUGCCCGAGCGCCUCCCCCAGCCGGGACCCCCGCGCCGGUACUGCUGGUUUGCCGGGUCACCGGUUUCUACCCCCGGCCCGUCCGCGUGGCCUGGCUGCAGGACGGGGAGGAGGUGGUGCCGGGCUGGUGGCUGAACUCCAGCGGGAUCCUGCCCAACGCGGACCUGACCUACCAGCUGCGCAGCUCCCUGGGCGUGGAGCCGGGCGCCGGGCACAGCUACGCCUGCCAGGUGCAGCACAGCAGCCUGGGGGGCCAGAGCCUGCUGAUCCCCUGGGAGCAGAGCAGGCCCUGGGGCCCCGGCCUGGCCGUGGGCAUCACCCUGGGGGUUGUGGCCGUAGCCGCCGUGGCCGUGGUGCUGUGGCGGAGGAGACGCAGAAUGUGAUGAGUGUUUCCUCCUGCAUUGCGAUUGGAUGUUCCUGUCCCAACGCUCUGUGCAACGCGAUCCUGUGUUGCGUGUGACUGAGGAACGGGCGUGUUAGAGGAUAAGUGGAUAGAGGAUGAGAAGAACAAUUUAAGAAAACAAGCACUCGUCAAAGGACAAUUCAGCACCACGGUGCAGAACUCGCUGGUCCCAGUGAAGGAAAAUCAUUGUAUAACCAGGGGGCCUUGCCAUGAAACGUUGGGUUCGUCCUGCCAAGACUUCCCCGGAGCAUCGUGUCUCGACCGACGGGACCCGGCUCCUCCCUACCCACAAUCAGCCCAGCUGGGCACUAGGCUGAUCCGGACUCUGGACUGGUCACUGUAACAUCGACUGGCGGGACCGUGCGUGUGUGAUU